UGAGUUCUAAACAACCUUUUUUAAUGCGUAAACGAUUGCAAAUAAAUGUUUCCGGGGCGACGACUUUUUGUUUACACAUUCGAAGCCACGUGACCGAGUUGUGCAUCAUCAAAUAAGUCACGCAGCAGGGCCCCUAAAAAUUAGCCAGCAAAAGGGAGGCGCAGGGAUGGCCGCAUUCAUAAGGAGCGUGUCUCUGUUCUUGGUGCGCGGCCGCCGCGCCAGUCGUGCCGCGGACCCCAACAAACUCAAGCAGUCCGCCUCGGCCGAUCAGAUCCACCAGGUCCAGCGCCGUGGCAAUUUGCUUGACAAGAAACAGCAAGCUGGCAGUGGUCCACCGAAGAAGAUGCAAAAGGGAAACAAGUGCUCAUCGGCUCACUUGAUCGAGUCGUUGAAGAAACGGACGCACUUCAGCAAAAGGGAAAUCGAGGCCUUGCUCAAGCUGCAUCGCUCUUUGGCCGCAACCUCGCAGAAAAAGCAGCUUAUCCAACGUCCACCAAAGACAGGAAACGACGGAAGUAGGCCUGUGUUGGACAGGGAGUGUUUCAGGGAGCUCCUCCACAAUUCUCUUGAUUUGACUGAGGAAAAACUUAUGGAGAGGAUAUUCCACGUGUUUGACAAGCGCAGUGAAGGUGUGAUAGACGGGGAGCGUUGGGUUUUGGGCAUGUCUGUCCUUUUGAAAGGCACGCUCUCGGAGAAGGAGGCCUACUGUUUCAGCGUUUACGAUUUGAACGGCGACGGCUUUAUCAGUAAGGAGGAAAUCCUGCACCUUCUGGCCGGCUGUUUGGCAACUCCAGCAGCUGGGGACGAGGACCCCGAGGAAGGGGUGCGCGACCUAACAGACGUUGCCCUGCGCAAGAUGGACGUCGACCGCGACGGCAAACUCUCUUUCAACGACUACGUGGAGGCCAUCAAGCAGGAGCCACUGCUGCUUGAGGCUUUUGGCCCGUGCCUCCCUUCGGAGCAGACGUGCGAGUCUUUCAUCGCGACUUUACUCAAAGCCUGAUGGAAAAACGUCUUGAAUUAAGUUCGGUGUAGAUGAAAUAAAAAACGGAAAAUUUAAGCAAGUAUCUAAUUUGUAUUACAACUACAAUUUUUGCAAAAUCAACACAUCACAGGCAGAAUAAUCCAUCAUUUCAAUUUAAUAAGUGGCGAGCGUGUACAAUUCAAAAGCUAGUAGAAGGUGUGAAAAAUGGAGAGCUUCUAAAUAAUUAAUUAUUGUAAACGUAGGAAUGGGUGACAUAACCAAAUGUCGCCUCGGCGGAAACCCUUCUGCUUCUUUUCGCACAAUCCAUCCUUUGUCAUUUAUUUUUCAGUUUUUUUGUCAGUCCUUAAAAUUCAGUACUGAC